AUGGCGGUUCCGGCCAUGCUUGAAGCCCGCGACGACUUACAUGCCAAUCGAGGCCCGGAACUGACGAGUACCACGAUAAUAGUUCUGGUACUAUCAUUUGUCUUUGUUGGGUUGCGUUUCUGGUCGCGCUAUAUCCGCACCGGGUAUGGUCUCGAUGACUGGCUGACGGUUGCCGCACUAGCUUUCGUUUGCGUUUGUUCUGGUCUUAACUUCGCCAGUAAGUUCAACUCUCAACAUAGAAGUGUCUCUGAUCUGACCAUUGCAGUGGUGAGCUAUGGGCUCGGUAAACAUGCCGCAAUUGUGCCCGCGGACGACCUGGUCAUGUUCUUGAAGCUCCUUCUAUCGUUCGAAUGCAUGUACGUCACGGCGGUCAUGUUUGUCAAGCUCUCUCUACUACAGAUGUACUUGCGCAUAUUUCCAGGUCGCCGUUUCAAGAUUUGGGCAGCUAUCAUUGCGGCCAUCGUUAUUGGAUGGUGGAUCUCCAUCGUCGCCGUCUCCGUCUUUCAAUGCAACCCGAUUAAAAAGGCCUGGUUUCCGUUGAUCGACGGUACGUGUAUCAAUCUCAAAGCCUCCUUCAUAGGCAAUGCGAUCCCGAACAUUGGAACAGACGUCGCCAUCCUGUGCAUGCCGAUGACGCAGAUAUGGAGGCUUCAUAUCAACCUUGCUCAAAAACUCUCCCUUUGUGUCAUGUUCCUUCUCGGAAGCUUAUUUACGACCAUCAUGCAAUUCGUACCGGCCGACACAACAUGGACGCUGGCGACCGCUUGUACAUGGUGUGUCGUUGAGGCAGCUUGCGGCACUAUUGCUGUUUGCUUGCCUACCUUGCGACCGCUCAUGCAACAGUUGACAGUCAAGUUCGACAGUAUGACGAAUAGCAAAGGAAAAAGCAGUGGUCGAGGAGAGACGCAACCGACGGAGCUCAUGACUAUUGGUGGAACCGGUGGCACGAAGAGCAGACAGAACUUUCAACGGUUGAACAACGAGUUCAACCUCGAAACUAACCAUCCCAACUAUUCCAACGAGGGCUCAACAACGGCACAGAAUUUUGGCCAAAACGACGCAAGCUCCGGGGACGAAGUUCCACUUCACAAGGAAGCAUGGGUUGCCACAACCGAGAGCCUGGGAGGCAAGAAGUAG